AUGCGCAACUUAACGACGGAUAGAGCAAUUAACUCUGACAUACCAGACAAUGACGCUUUUCUCGAAGCAGAAGACUACAAACACAUCUCAUCAUGGAGAGCAGACACACCCGAGACACAAUCCACGGGCGGAGAAGAGUACGAGCAAGUCUUGGCUUCUCCAUUAGCAGCUACACCAGAUCCAAGCAAUCUUUCUCAGCACACACGGCAGAGGACAUCACACUUGGAAGCAGAGAUCUUGGACCUAAAACUCAAACUAAUCAAGACUGAAAUUGAGAGAGAUAAUGCUGUAAUUGAGUUGGAGCUUGCGACAACUGCAUUGGUGAACUCCCGAGCCGAAGUCUUCGAGAUGGACAAAGAAAUAACAGUGAUGGGACACGACUUGGGAAGUUUUCGUCUGGAAGUAGAUGAUUUGACACGCCAGUUGAAGAAGAAGGAGCCACUCUUCCAAGUCGGCGUUGCAGUGCGGCUAGGCUUCAUGGAUGCUGCCAAUCGAGUCCGUAUCAAGGGAAAUGUCAGCAUCAUCUCACAAGAUCUUCACGCUGAUCAAUCGAUCCUGCAAGCGAAGACAGACGCAUGCCACCGUGGGAAUAUGGUAGCAGAUGCUUCUCUGUUUGACCCUGAGCUGGAAAUUCGAAGUGCAAGAGAUCAAAUUCGCACUUUCAAUUACUUGUACAACGCGAAUCCCAGUUGGCCUGCAGAUACACCACAGCGAUCGAGAUCUUCUUCCUUCGAUGCUACUCAGACUACAAUUUCAUUAAGCAAUGCUGAUGUCAGCUUUCUCGACACAGAACCACACGUCGCCAACUAUGAUGAUCUGCGAAAGUUCCAAGCAUGCAGCGACGCCAUAGUUUCUCAUCCAAAGCUUCUCGAAGUUCGAAACAUAAAGGCUUCCAUGAUCGCUUACCACUCUUGGACGAAGUACAGCCACAGCAAAAAAGCAGAUGAGCGAUUCCGAAAAUUAGAAAGAAAAGCUGCAAAGUUGAUUGAGCGUUGGGAAGAAGAGUACGGCAUUGAAGAUGGGGGUACGAAUGUUCAAUCAAAGAGAGAACAACUUGAUGCUCUUUUGAAGGCAAUGUCUGCGAUCUUGAAGGAAACAGUGAAGAAAGAACAUGGACGACUGCAGGGAAGGCGAGGACGCUAGGAACGACGUGGAACAAAUUGACCUGGCUGUUGGUUCGUUGACGAAGCGAAUGGAAAAGCUGUUAAAACAACUGGAUUCUGAUCUAAAACGAUGAUGCGUACUUUAGAAAAGAUGGAGUUUAUGAGUAUUCAGCAAGAUACCUCCCUAUGUUAAGUUGCAGUGAUGAAGCAGGCCUGCUCCACUUGAUGGACAGUGCUCGCUGGCAAUAUUCCAAUUGAUCAAUUGGAGGGUGUCUGCGUAUCUGUAGUUAUAUAAUGCACAUCUUGAAG